AUGGCACCACCCGCACAGAAACGCCGCCGCCGUGGCGCAGAUGUCACAUACCACACCAUAGGCAAUAACACCUACAUCCUGCCGGCCCACCGACAUGUAUCUGUCGCCUCAACGCAGCAGUCUGUCGUGAUGAGGGCCUCUGCGGUUGCAGCCGCUAACCCAGUGCCUCCGAGCAUCCCUGUGGACGACAAUGGUCUUCCCAAUCGAAGGGAUGCGGCUGAUGGUCCCCCCGACGAGUCACUCGAAGCAUUCGAGACGCUUCCGCACGACUUCUUCGACAACAUCAACGACAUGCUCGAGUUUGUAGACAGACCACGGAAUCGCACGGCCAGUGAUAAUCCCCUCGAAGAUUGGCGACAGCACCACAUCGACGAGUGGCUCGCGGAGGUGUUGCGUUUGGAGGGGCGAUGUGGGUUUCUUGACGAGGCGUGUGCAAGCUGCAGCGAAGGUCGUGCGGAGUACCGGUGCGACGACUGUAACGACCUACAGUUGUACUGCCAGGAGUGUGCCAUAGAGCGGCACCUUUGCAAUCCGUUCCAUCGCUUACAGUGCUGGUCCGGGACGCACUUCCGAAGGACGACGUUGAAGAAAAUAGGCUUCCGCAUUCAGCUUGGCCACCCGCCCGGAGAACGAUGCCGCAACCCGGUCAAGGCGUUUGCGGACAAUUUCAUCGUCCUGGACGUCUCUGGCGUGAACGAGGUCGCCGUCGACUACUGCGGAUGCGAAACGGCGCAAGCCAAAUCGAUCCAGUUGCUUCGCUCCCGGCUUGUCCCAGCAACUGGCGUUGAUCCGAAGACCGCCGCCACAUUCCGCCUAAUGGAGUUCUACCACCUUCUACAUAACCAAUCGAAGGUCUCCGGGUUUGAGUUCUACAACACGCUCACUCGUCGGACCGAUAAUACAGGAACUUGCGAAAUCAAGUCUCGGUACACCAGCUUCAUGCGAAUGGCGCGCAUGUGGUACCACCUCAAGCUCCUCAAGCGAUUUGCCCGUGGCCAUGAUCCACGCGGGGCGAAGGCGACAGCUCCGGGCUCUUGCGCGGUGCUUUGUCCUGCAUGCCCGCAACCCGGUAUCAACCUACCCGCAGACUGGGCUUCAGCUCCCCCGGAACGAAGCUGGCUGUAUCGUCUGUUCGUUGGAAUAGACGCUAACUUCCGGUUGAAACGGAAGAAAGUGUCGUCAGAUUCAGCAGAUCCCGGCUUUAACAAUGGGAUCGCCUAUUUUGUGGAGGAACGCGCGUACAAGGAGCAUUUGGACAAGCACGACAAGCACGACAUUGAGGACACCAGCACGUGCAACAACCAUGACGCGGUCAAGCUCGCGAACAUGCGGGGAAGUCAUGGUACGGCGGCUAGUGGCGUCGCAACGGUCAAGUGCGUUCGGCAUGACAUGAAGCGCCCAUGCUCCGUUGGCGACCUGCAGAAGGGUGAAAGGUAUGUCAACAUGGACUACCUAUUUGCGAGCAGCAUCCAGCACACUACCCCCGGAGUGGACAAGAUCCGUCUCGUCGUCUCGUACGACAUCGCAUGUCAAUGGAGCACCAAUCUAUGGAGCAGGAUGCUCCGUUACGACCCGCGAUGGAACUACGACGCUCGCACCAUCACGUUUCUCAUCCCGAAGUUCCACUUACCGGCCCAUCAAGAUAGCUGCCAGACGAAGUAUUCGUUCAACUACGUCAAGGGUGUUGGCCGGACCGAUGGCGAGGGCGUGGAACGUGGCUGGGCCGCGGUCAACGGGUUUUCUGGCAGCACGAAGGAAAUGGGGCCUGGCUCUCGUCGAGAUGUGCUCGACGAUGCCUUCGGAGAUUACAAUUGGAGAAAGGUCACUCACCUCGCGAGAACGCUCUUGGACCGCAUGAAGAGCGCUGUCAUAGAAAGCGCGGAGCAAACCGUGAUCUUCGAAGAACUUACCGCGGUGACUGAUCGAACGCGCGUCACGGAGUGGAUGCAGCAAGUCGAAGCGUGGGAGGAGGGAGCGGAUUUUAAUCCGUUUGUAGCCACACGUCAUCCUAUCACUCUUGCAGCCGUUCGGCGCGAGCUCGCUGAAGAGGAGUCCGCAGGCAUCGCCAACGGGACCCUCAUACCUCUGCAUGAGAAGGUCUCCCCAAGCGCGUUGAUAACGGCGGGACUUGAGCUAGAGGACCAUCAACGGCGUCUACGUUCAGACGCUGCCGAACUCAGUGCCCACUCUCCGGAUGAUCAACGCGCGCACCUUAUCCGCCGCCGCAACAAUCUGCAAAUUCGCAUCGACGCCUGGCGAGAGAUUCAGCUUCUCUACAUGCCAGGUGUAGCAACACUGCGUAACCAAGCCGCAGAAGCCUCAGUAGCCGCAGUCCUCGCCGAGAACGCCGCACUCUACCUCCCAUCUGACGUCUACAAUCACCCUCAAGUCCCGCCGGCGCCCGGUUUGCUUGACAUUGAGCGACGUAUGCGCCUAGCCCAGGCUAACGACUCUCUUGACCAGAUGCGGCGUCAUCUUCGUGCCCGCACGAAGCUCUUCAACAUCAAGGAUCGAGACGUGAGGGGCCAACGCUACAACACCCGGUCCCGCGCAUACAUCGAUACAAUACAAGCAAAGAUUGACGCCGACGCUGAGCGUUAUCGCCGAGCGCAUGCUGCUCUCUAUACCAUAGAUCCCGAGGAUAGCGGACAGUGGCAGAAGGCCCUCCGUUCACUCAAUCGGAGCGAUAUCCGCGCAAUGCACCAAGGCCUUGACCACGAGACCGAGGGCCGCAAGACCCUUUCAUGGAUAUGGCGGACGAGCGGGACAGUAGGUCACGACGAUGACGAGGACGACCAAGAAGCUGUACGCAUCGAGUGGUGCAAAGCACGCGCGCGCGCAAUGCGCUGGGACGAAGAAUGCGAUCUCCUUAAUGAGGAGAUGCGACGAGUCGGCGCCUUCUUCAAGUGGCAGGCAGACUGGUGGACGGACCAGGUCCAAGAAGACUGGGAUGCUGCUGUAGGGCGUACGGCAGAGCAUGCCCAGGGUCGUCGAGCAUACGCACUCAGGCAGGCAGACUUACGACGUGCACUCUAUGACUACUGUACGCAUGCUUGGAGGAACGUCCCUGAGUUCAUCCGACUCUGUAGGAAUAGACCAGACAUAUCAGGCAUUAUUCACGCACAAACGUAG